AUGUCCUCCCUGGAGGCGCGCGUCCGACCCAGACAUGCAGCAUACCCACCCGCAGCAGCGUCAAUGUGCUGGGGUGGCGCCGAGCCUUUCGCGGGUGGAGGAGCGGGAGCUGCCUGGGCCGCAGCCAGCUUUGGGCCUGUGCAGCCGCUCGCGGGGGGAGCGGAGGAGGAGGAGGAGGAGGAGGAGGCGGAGGAGGGGGGUCGGGAGCGCUGCGCCCGCGUUCGCGGCGCGCCGCGCUCUCCGCUCGCGGCCAUGGCGUCUGGCGAAACGGCGCUGGCGGGAGCAGCCCCAAGGUGCGGCGUGUCAGACGGCGAGGAGCUCUGCGCCAGCACGCCGCACUCGGAUCAUCCCAGCAGGCUCCUGCGGGACCCGCUCGCGCGGUCGCUGCCGUCGUCGCCCAGCAGCUCCCUGAGGCGCGGGGGCACGUAG